UGCACACAGAAGUAUAUUGUGAAGAACUACUUCUACUACUACUUGUUCAAGUUUUCAGCUGCUUUGGGUGAAGAGAUUUUUUAUAUCACUUUCCUUCCGUUUACCUACUGGAAUAUAGAUCACUCUGUGUCUAGAAGAAUGAUAAUUGUUUGGUCUAUAGUGAUGUACAUAGGCCAGGUCUCCAAGGACAUCCUGAAGUGGCCUCGGCCCCUGUCACCACCUGUCGUGAAGCUGGAGAUGAGGACGAAUGCAGAGUAUGGGAUGCCAUCCACCCACGCCAUGGCAGCUACAGCCAUCUCCUUCUCCUUUUUCAUUGCAACCAUGAACCAGUACAAGUAUCCAUUUGAGCUCGGCCUGGUAGCAGCGUUUGUGUUCUCGACGUUGGUGUGUCUGAGCAGGCUCUACACCGGGAUGCACACACUCCUGGAUGUGAUCGGAGGAGCACUGAUUUCAGCUGUGCUGCUUGUGCUCUUGUAUCCUGCGUGGGACACAAUAGAUCACUUGCUGUUAACCAGCCCCUUCUGCCCACUGUUUUCCAUAGCUGUGCCUCUUGUCUUAUGUUACAACUACCCCAAACUAGACUAUUACAGCCCGACCAGGGGAGACACCACUACGAUCUUAGGAGCAGCAGCCGGAGCAACUGUGGGAUUUUGGUUAAACAACCAGUACACUGCUUCAGCCUACACCAGCAAAAGUGUUCAGCCUGGAUUUCCUCUGAUCACCAGUACAAUGGUGUUUGUGCUAGCCAGGUUCUUCGUAGGGAUCUUGGUUGUCCUGCUGACACGCUGGCUCAUGAAGAGCGUGGUCCUUGGCAUGCUGGGCUAUCACUACAAGUUCCCCAUUCGCGACCUGGAAGCCCGGAGACGCCUGGAAGUCGAGGUGCCCUAUAAGUUUGUAACGUACUCCUCCGUCGGCUUCACGGCCACCGUGAUUGUGCCGCUGCUGCACCAGCUGCUGGGCCUGAUGUGAGCACAGCUCCUCCUCACCGAGCCACCUGCGGCACCACCGCUUCGGAGAUGUGAUAAUCCAGGCUGGUGACUUGACCAAAAAGUGUUUUGUGCCUUUCUGCACUGGUGUGGUGGGGUUGGCUCUGGCUGGAUGUCAGGUUCUCACCAGAGCUGCUCUAUCACUCCCCUCUCUCCAGGGAGAGAAAAUAUAAGGAAUGGAUCCUGGCUUGAGACAAGUGCGGGGAGAGAUCACUCAGCUGUUUUACUGUCACAGGCAAAACAGACAUGACUCGGGGAAGUAAGUUUAAUUUAUUACCAAACUUAUCAGAGUAGGAUAAUAAGAAAUAAAACCAAACAUUACAACCACCUUCCACCUACCCCUCCUUUCUAGGUUCAACUUCCCUCCUGAAGUCUCUACCUCCUCCUACCCACCAUCACAGGGGGAUGGGAAUGGAGGUUACAGUCAGUUCAUCACAUGUUGCUGCUGCUGCUCCCUACUGCUCAGGGGUAGGACCCCUCACACUAUUCCCCUGCCCCAGUAUGGGGUCCCUCCCACAGAAGACAGCUCUCCAAAAAUGUCUCCAGUGUGAAUUCUUCCAUGGGAUGCACUUCUUCAUCCAGCAUGGGUCCCCUGAGGGAUCAAAAGUCCUGCCAGGAGCUUGUUUCAGUGUGGUCUUUAAACCCUCCUAAGGGCAUCACCCUGCAUCAGUGUGGAGCCCUCCACUGAUUGCAGGUGGAUCUCUUCUCCUCAUGGACCUCCAUGGGCUGCAGGGACACAGCUGCCACACCACAGGCUACACCACAGGCUGCAGGAGAGUCUCUGCUCUGGCACCCAGAGCACCUCUUCCUCUUCCUUCUGUGAUCUUGGUAUCUGCAGAGUUGUUUCUCUCUCAUAUCUUCACUUCUCUGUCCACCUGCAGUUGUGCAGGUUUUCCCUCCCUUCUUAACUCUGUUAUGCCACAGGUGCUGCUACUGUCACUGAUGGGCUCAGCUUUGGCCAGCAGUGGCUCUGUCUGGAAGCCAGCUGGCAUUGGUUCUAUUGGACACAGGGGAAGCUUCUGGCACCUUCUGAGAGAAGCUUACCCUUCUAUAGACCCUUAUAGCUAUUACCAUGCCCUUGCCACACAAACACAAAGAAAUUGGCCUAAAAUAUCUGACUUGGAGGAGUCACAGGAAUUGCUGAGCACAGGUACCUUUGGGUUAGAAAUCACUGACACCACUGUGUCCCAUAGUUACAUACCCUUUCCCAAGCAACUAAA